AUGAAUGACUGUGAGAAGUAUGUGGGCUUACCAAUGAUUGGCAUUAAAUCAAAAGUUGCAACGUUUAAGGAGCUUCAGGAGUGCAUCACCAAGAGAGUCAUGGGUUGGAAAGAAAAGUAUAUUUCUAAGGCCGGACAUGAGGUGUUGUUAAAAACCGUUGCACAAGCUAUCCCAACCUACUCAAUGAGCUUGUUUCGUAUCACCAAGAGAGUUUGUGAGAGCAUCAACUUGGCUAUGUCCAAUUACUGGUGGGGUCAGACUUGGAGUGAGAAAAAGAUACACUGGAUCAAUUGGCGCAAGCUUUGCAACUCAAAGGACAAGGGAGGAAUGGGUUUUAGGGACAUUAAUGCUUUUAAUUUGGCAAUGCUUGCCAAAUAG